AUGACAUCUGUGGACAGGGACCUCACUCCUGGUGGUCAGACCUUGGUGGUGGCUUUUGCCUUCGUUAUCAGAACUCAAUGGUUGCUGGCAGAAAAGACUGAAGUCCUGAGUGAAGACCUUCUUCAGGUGGAGAAGCGCCUGGAGCUGGUGAAGCAAGUGUCCCACAGCACACACAAGAAGCUCACGGCCUGUCUGCAGGGCCAACAGGGGGCCGAGGCGGACAAGCGCUCUAAAAAGUUGCCUUUGACAACACUGGCUCAGUGUUUGAUGGAAGGGUCAGCUAUCCUGGGAGAUGACACACUUCUUGGGAAGAUGCUGAAACUCUGUGGAGAGACAGAGGACAAGCUGGCUCAGGAGCUGAUACAUUUUGAAUUGCAAGUGGAGAGAGAUGUGAUUGAGCCCCUGUUUCUGCUGGCUGAGGUGGAAAUCCCAAAUAUUCAGAAGCAGAGGAAACAUUUAGCAAAGUUGGUGCUGGACAUGGAUUCCUCACGAACCAGGUGGCAGCAGACUUCUAAGUCUUCAGGUCUGUCCAGCAGCUUACAGCCUGCGGGUGCCAAAGCUGAUGCCCUCAGGGAAGAGAUGGAGGAGGCUGCCAACAGAGUGGAGAUUUGCAGGGACCAACUCUCCGCUGACAUGUACAGUUUUGUGGCCAAAGAAAUCGACUAUGCAAACUACUUUCAAACGCUAAUAGAAGUGCAAGCUGAAUACCACAGGAAGUCAUUGACACUGUUGCAGGCUGUAUUGCCUCAAAUAAAAGCACAACAAGAGGCCUGGGUUGAGAAACCCUCCUUUGGGAAGCCACUGGAGGAGCAUCUCACGAUCAGUGGCCGAGAGAUCGCCUUCCCCAUUGAGGCGUGUGUGACGAUGCUGCUGGAGUGUGGGAUGCAGGAGGAGGGACUCUUCCGAGUAGCUCCCUCUGCCUCCAAGCUGAAGAAGCUGAAAGCUGCGCUGGACUGCUGUGUGGUGGAUGUGCAGGAGUACUCGGCAGACCCCCAUGCCAUUGCAGGAGCUUUGAAAUCUUACCUCCGAGAGUUGCCAGAACCACUCAUGACCUUUGAACUCUAUGACGAGUGGAUCCAGGCGUCCAAUAUCCAGGAGCAGGAGAAGAGGCUCCAGGCCCUGUGGAAUGCUUGUGAGAAACUGCCCAAGGCCAAUCAUAACAACAUCCGAUACUUGAUCAAAUUUUUAUCGAAGCUGUCAGAAUAUCAAGAUAUAAACAAGAUGACUCCCAGUAACAUGGCAAUUGUCUUAGGACCCAACCUCCUCUGGCCGCAAGCAGAAGGAAACAUCACUGAGAUGAUGACCACAGUUUCGCUGCAGAUCGUUGGGAUCAUCGAGCCCAUCAUCCAGCACGCAGACUGGUUCUUCCCUGGGGAGAUAGAGUUCAACAUUACAGGCAAUUAUGGGAGUCCGGUGCACGUGAACCAUAAUGCCAACUAUAGUUCAAUGCCCUCCCCAGACAUGGACCCCGCUGACCGGCGCCAGCCCGAGCAGGCCCGCCGGCCCCUCAGUGUCGCCACGGAUAAUAUGAUGCUGGAGUUUUACAAAAAGGAUGGCCUUAGGAAAAUCCAAAGCAUGGGUGUGAGGGUCAUGGAUACAUCUUGGGUGGCUCGAAGAGGCUCCUCAGCUGGUCGGAAAGCGUCCUGCGCCCCGCCCUCCAUGCAGCCUCCCGCCCCGCCCGCAGAGCUUGCUGCGCCUCUGCCAUCGCCCCUACUGGAGCAGGUGCCCGACAGUCCCGCAGCUCCUGCGCUCUCUCCAUCCGGCGUGGGCCUGCAGCCCGUGCCUGAGCGCGCCAGCACUGCUAAAAGCAAGGAAUUGUCUCCAGGGUCUGGGCAGAAAGGAAGUCCAGGCUCCAGCCAAGGGACAACCUGUCCAGGGACGCAACCGGGGACUCAACCAGGUGCCAGCCCCAGCCAGCCACCUGCAGACCAGAGUCCCCACACCCUCCGGAAAGUUUCAAAGAAGCUGGCACCAAUUCCACCUAAGGUCCCCUUUGGCCAGCCAGGGUCUGUGACUGACCAGUCCGCUGGCCAGCCGUCCCCCGUCAGCCUGUCUCCUACUCCACCAAGCACCCCGUCGCCCUACGGACUUAGCUACCCACCGGGGUACUCCUUGGCCUCAGGCCAGCUCUCCCCGGCUGCAGCUCCUCCCCUGGCCUCUCCUUCUGUCUUUACAAGCACUUUAGCCAAAUCGCGACCCACCCCUAAGCCCCGACAGAGACCCACUCUGCCACCUCCUCAGCCUCCCACGGUCAGCCUCUCUGCCUCGAGCCCACAGUCCACGGAGCACCCCAUGCUGGAUGGCAUGUCCCCUGGGGAAAGCAUGUCUACAGAUCUUGUCCACUUUGAUAUCCCCUCCAUCCACAUAGAGCUGGGAUCGACACUCCGCCUGAGCCCCCUGGAGCACGCAAGGCGACACUCAGUGACAGACAAGAGGGACUCGGAGGAGGAAUCUGAGAGCACCGCCCUCUGA